UCAAUUUAACAUUAAAAUCCCCAACUUUCUCUUUUCUUCUCUUUUUUUUUUAUUAAUAAAUCUCUAAACUCCAAACCCUUCUCUCUCUCUCUCGCUCUCUCUCUCAGAGACACGCAAGAGAGAAGCGAAAACGCAAAGCUUCUUCGUUUUAGGGAUCGAUCCAUAUCGAUCUCUCAUCCUUUCCGAUCUCCACAGUUUGGUGGAUUGAUCGAAGGUGGGGAUGGAUUUGUAGCGAUGGGAAAUGGGGGAUGGUGGUGGUGGUGGUGGUGGUCUGGAUUCUGGGAGUGAGAAGAGAAAGGCAAGGGGGAGGAAAGGAGGGUCGGGGAUGACGGCUGAUGGGGAGGAUACGCGGUGGAUGUGCGGGAGUGCUGGGAUGGCGGCUAGCCUCCACCGUGUUAACUUGCACCGUGUUAGCUCCAUCGUUCGCGAGAUCCGGGACCCUUGCCUCCAUCGCUCGCCCGCCAAGGGAAGCAAAAUGCUCAAGCCAGACAAGUGGCAAGCAAUUUUUGGUAAUGAUGGGAGGGCUCUAUGUUUCCGAAAAGCGCUUAAGUUAAUUGUUUUAGGGGGGGUGGACCCUUCUAUUCGGGCAGAAGUUUGGGAGUUCCUUCUAGGAUGCUAUGCUUUAAGCACGACUACAGAGCACAGGAAGCAGCUAAGGAUGGCUCGGAGGGAGCGGUAUGAAGAAUUAAUCAGGCAAUGCCAAAUGAUGCACUCAAGCAUUGGUACGGGCAGUCUUGCAUAUGCUGUUGGAUCCAAAGUGAUGGAUAUGAGGACUUUGUCCAAAGAUAAUGACUUUAAGCCGGCAACAAGUGAUAGUGGUCAUGCUUCUCAUAGUUCAACUAACAAGGUAGACACAUAUCCUUGUCUGAAUAAGGAUUGCGAGGAUGCAUCGUAUGGUCACAGAAGGGCAAAAUCCAGUGAUUCUGCCAAGUUAGUUGGUAGUAAGUGGAGCAAAGAUAAUGCAGAAUACAGUUCUUGCUUUGCUAGGCACUCUUCUGGGGGUUCAUAUGAUUACUUCGAUACAAACGCAGGAAGUCAAAAUCAUGAACCUGCGUAUGCAUCUGAGAACUAUAUUGAUUUUCCUCCUUUACCUGUCACAAAUUUAUUCCAGAAGAGCUACACAGAUGGAAAUGACUGUGAGAUGUAUGAUGCUAGAUUAUCUGUUGCUGAAAAUUUUGAGGACGAACACAUGCAUAGCUUUCAUAUAAAUAAUAAUGUUGACCUAAUACGCGACUCAAAUGGUUCUUGCACUGAUUUAUUCCAAACAAGCAAUAGUAGUAGUGGAAUUUUUAUGGCUGAUGUUGAGAAAAAUUCUAUGGGGUCAAAAGGUAUGGAUUGCAAGUCUGAAACAUUAAACAAAGUGAGGAUAUCAGAUGCACCAGAAGCAGUACCAUUAAGUGGAAUGACUUCUAGUCGCUUGAAUGCCAAUGAGGACAGGGUCUCUGAAUGGCUCUGGACUUUACAUAGAAUAGUUGUUGAUGUUGUGAGAACAGAUAGCCAUCUUGAAUUUUAUGGAGAUUCAAAAAAUAUGGCUAGGAUGUCAGAUAUUCUUGCUGUUUAUGCGUGGGUUGAUCCUGCCACUGGAUAUUGUCAAGGCAUGAGUGAUUUACUUUCACCUUUUAUUGUGCUCUAUGAGGACAAUGCGGAUGCCUUCUGGUGCUUUGAGAUGCUCCUACGAAGAAUGCGUGAAAAUUUCCAAAUGGAAGGACCUACUGGGGUGAUGAAGCAGUUACAAGCAUUAUGGAAGAUAUUGGAACACACUGACACUGAAAUGUAUGAGCAUCUGUCUCUCAUAGGUGCUGAAAGCCUUCAUUUUGCUUUUCGAAUGCUACUGGUACUAUUCCGUCGGGAGCUUACCUUCAAUGAGGCACUUCGUAUGUGGGAGAUGAUGUGGGCUGCAGAUUUUGAUGAAGCUGUUGCGCAGCAGUUAGAAGGGAACUGUCUUGAGCCAUUGGUGUUGCAUCUUCCAGAGGAUUUAAAUACGGAAAUGAAAGCUGAAAGUACAGGGAAUGGUAAAGUAAAUAUCAAGGGCACAGGAUCCGAGGAUGGUGAUCAUGAUCCUUGUCCAUCUUAUAGCAAUGGGGUGAAAUCUGUUUCGAGUCAUCCGUUAUGUGGUUUGACAAGAGCUAAUUUCUGGGCAAGACAGGAUCAACUGCAUAUUAGCACCAUAGCUGCUCCAACAAGGAAUGGUGAUGAUGAUAUGCCCGUUUUCUGUGUAGCUGCAAUUCUUAUUAUCAAUCGCCAUAAGAUAAUGAGGCAAACCCACUCAAUUGAUGAUGUAAUAAAGAUGUUCAAUGACAACAGGUUGAAAAUAAAUGUGAAGAGAUGCGUUCGCAUGGCCAUAAAACUAAGGAAAAAGUACUUCUGCAAGUUGAUCAGGCAAACAGACUUGGGAUUUUCUGAGCAAUGAGAAAGGGAUUUGGUGUUCAUAACUCAUUUUAGAUACAAAAAGGCAGAAUUGCUCCUGAGAAGUUAUAAAUUAUUGGGCGGCGCUGUCAAAAUAUGCUACGGCAUGUGUUGGCUGGAUCUUGUCCCUGUUAAAUUAUUUUGUGGCAGGAAGCAGUUUCCAGUUGUUUAGAAAAUUAAACUCCUGUUUAUCUUUGGUUUAUUCAAGUGUAGAAUGUAUUUUGCUGUUUAUAGUCAAUGUAUCUCAGCUCUUUGGCCAAAUAAGACUUGAAAUGUGAGGGGGAGUGGAUCCCUUAGAGCAAUGAAUAUAGGAUUAUUUGUUUCAACGAUAUCUGAACUCUUAAAUCAUACGUUACUUGUGUACAGAACCAUCAGAUUUGACCUUACACUCGGAGGUUCUUGUUGAACCGAAGGUGGAAGUAGUUCAUUAAACUGAUUGGAAACACAGUCUGAAACAGUCUUGCGGCAACAACUGACUCUCCCACUUCAACUCACGGUGAGCAGAAACUGGCAACCCAGUAUCUCAUAAAUACUAAUUUCCUUUCUCAACAUCUUGUUUCUUUGAGAUCGGAGUUCGAUGCAAUGAUCAUAAUGUAGAUGUACAUACCAAAAUGUCUAGAUUGACAUUAAAAAAAUUGAUUUGUUUUAAACAUCGAAAAGCAUGUUUGGAAUUCACUUGAAAUAGGUUUUUAAGUUCUACUCAGUAUUGCAGCUCUAGCUAAUCCGAAGCCUGCUUCCAGCUUUCGGUUUCUUGUAAACCCUAAUUAUCAUUCUCAGCACGCGGUUCAGUGUUUAGGGUUUAUAGUUACCGAUAAAUGGUAAUCUUGGGCACAUGGCCUUUGAGCAUGCGGAAAAGCCGAAAUUUUUUUUAUCACUUGUUCCCAAUCAUUGGUUAAUGUUUGUUUGGCAACACCUAUGGACUUUAUAAGAGCAUCUCUCAUUGUCUUUGGACA